AAGUCUCCUUUACAAACAAGUAGUCUCUCUCUGCUUUAUAUAUAAUUUCUAGUCCCUCUUUCUUGCACACUUCUAUUCAUCUCUCCUUUAUAAAAUCCACCAUUUAGUGUUUGUUGUGUUGAGCCCUGUGCGUGGGUCUGUGUUCCAAGUUGAUAACUUUUUGACCAACCCAGAAAAGAAAAAUGUCAUCUUUCUUAAAGAACUUUCCAUCCACAUCUAGCCUUGUCGCAGCCUAUGCCACCAUCUCCACCUUUCUCAUGCUCCUCAAGAGCAUGUUUGAUCUGAUGGUUCCAGCAAAAGCGAGGGAGAGUAUAACAGCAAUAGUUCAAGAGCACAUAAUCUCUCGUUUCUUCACAAGCUUCACUUUUGUGAUAGAGGAUGAAUGGGAGUUUGGAGACAAUGCACUAUUCCGAGCUGCCAUGGUCUAUUUGCCCACCAAAAUAGGCCCUUCCACCCAAACUGUCCUAUUGGGUUUCAAAGAAAAACACAAAUUUGAAACACCACCUGAAACAGGUGUUCCAGUUUGGGGUCAUGUAGUGGACGAGUUUGAAAACAUGAAGCUCAAAUGGACACUUAAAUCAACAAAGUCGAAGAAUAUGUUUUAUUCUCGUGGAAGAAAGUUCUUUCAUCUAAAAUGCAACAAGAAUCACAGAGACAAAGUCAUGAAGAACUACUUUCCACACGUUGCUCUCACUGCAAGGUCCAUCUUGAACAAUCGUAAAGGUCUUAGGAUUUACACCUAUGACCAAAACCACUGCUAUUGGGAGUCCACAGCUUUCAAGCACCCAUCAACAUUUGCAACUCUAGCUAUGGAGCCAGGCCUGAAGAAGUCCAUAAUGGAAGACCUUGACAUGUUUGUGAAUAGGAAAGUAUUCUUUGAACGUGUGGGGAGGACUUGGAAGAGAGGGUAUUUGCUUUAUGGGCCACCAGGAACUGGGAAAUCAUCGUUGGUCGCGGCAAUUGCUAAUCAUGUACGCUACAAUAUCUAUGAUCUUCAGCUUGGAACUGUUAAGUCGGACUUUGAUUUGAGGCGUCUUCUUACCUCAACAACCAACCAGUCCAUUCUGCUCAUUGAAGACAUUGAUUGCAGUUCAAGUUCAAAGGUAGCACAGGAACGUCCCAAGGAUAGUGAUGACAGUGACGAUGAUGAUGAUGAUGAGGACAAUGCCAAAUCCAAAGUGGAGAAGAAGUCUACGCCACCAUCAUCUCAAGGGGUGACACUAUCAGGGCUGCUCAAUUUCAUUGAUGGACUUUGGUCAAGCUGUGGUGAAGAGAGGAUCAUCAUCUUUACUACCAAUUUCAGAGAAAAACUGGAUCCAGCUUUGAGGCGGCCAGGACGCAUGGAUGUUCACAUUAACAUGGGCUAUUGCACCCCAGCAGGAUUUAGAGUGCUUGUUUCAACAUACCUUGGAAUUCAAGAACAUGAUCUCUUUGGAAAGAUUGAAAAGCUUAUUCAAGUGGUAGAGAUUACUCCUGCAGAAGUAGCACAGCAGAUUAUGAAGAGCGACCAACCUGAAGUUGCCCUUGAAAGUCUUGUGGAAUUUCUUAGUGCAAAGAAGAAUGAAGUUGAUGAGGCCAAGACCAAGAAGGAAUUAAAAGACACUAACCAAGAGGAAAAGCUUAGUGCAAAGAAGAACAGAGUUGAUGAGGCCAUGACCAAAAAUGAAGAAAAAGACACUAAACAAGAAGAAAAACUAAGCGGAGACCAGGAUAAUGGGCAGCCUAGUGAGAGUGAAAUGAGGUCCAUCUAUCUGACCUAGCCAUAGCUAGGUGACAUGAAUUCUACUAACAAUAUCUUUUGCAUCCUGUUUAUUAGCUUUUCCUAGGAGAAACACAAUGGAAUGACAUAACUGGAUAGAGAACAACUGAGGAGAUGCAAUACUUAUGUGUUAGCACUUGAGACAUCAAGAUAUUAUUAGUCUUUAUUUUCAUUAAGUCUGUUUACAGUAGUUUUCUUAUUUUUAUUCUCAUCUGAUUUUCUAGAAAAGAAAGAGGUGUAAUGUAGCCUAUGGCCCUAUGCUUUUAAAUUAAAUUUCUUAAUUUAUCUAUGUGUG